CCCAUCCGCUAAGUACUGCUGGUCUGCAGCGUCUCUGGCGUGCGCUUCAGUUAGCAACCCUCUUACUGUCAAGCAAGCAGAACACUUGACAACGUGCGCUAGCGCAAGCUUGUAGGAACAACACAAGUGUUCUUCAUCUUUGUAGUACAGAGACAACAGGAACUAUCGAGCUGGUUACAUUAAUCGUAUAUUUCCCAGCUAAUCUUCCAAUAAUAUAGGAUAGCAUAACCGGAGGGAAUAAGGUGCGCAGCAACCAGAAUCGUCUUUAGGACAAGACGUUUAGCUCUCGGACUAGCACUAGCUAUCACUGAUCAGUGUUUUUUGUGGUACUGCUCUCAAUAUACCAAAUAUGACUGCAGAAGAGGUUACAAACGAAGGACAGACUAUCCCCAUUGAAGGAGAAGACAUAACUCCCAAGAAGGAUGGAGGUGUCUUAAAGCUGCUGAAGAAGGAGGGGACUGGUAGUGAGUUCCCCAUGACUGGCGAUAAGGUGUUUGUGCACUAUGUGGGUACCCUGUUGGACGGCAGCAAGUUUGACUCAAGCCGUGACCGCGGCGAGAAGUUCAGCUUUGAGCUUGGCAAAGGUCAGGUGAUCAAGGCAUGGGAUAUCGGUGUGGCCACCAUGCGAGUGGGGGAGGUAAGCCAGCUCAUCUGUAAGCCAGAGUACUCGUACGGAGCAGCGGGGAGCCCUCCCAAAAUCCCACCCAAUGCCACACUUGUAUUCGAGGUGGAGCUCUUUGAGUUCCAUGGAGAGGACAUCAGUCCGGAUGAGGAUGGAGGAAUAAUCAGGCGAAUCCUGACAAAAGGAGAAGGGUACAGCAAGCCCAACGAAGGAGCUGCUGUUGAAGUGAGUAUUGAGGGUAAGUUUGAGGACCGCGUGUUUGAUGAGCGGGAGCUGAAGUUUGAUCUGGGUGACGGAGAUGGCUUAGACCUGCCACCAGCUGUGGAGAAGGCCCUGCAGAACAUGGAGCAGGGAGAGGAGGCCCUCCUCACCGUCAAACCAAAGUAUGGCUUUGGAAGCACCGGGAAUGCCAAAUUCAACAUUCCAGGGGAAGCAACACUGCAGUAUAAAAUCAAGCUAACUAAGUUUGAAAAGGCUAAGGAAUCAUGGGAGAUGAACACGGAUGAGAAGCUGGAACAAAGCACCAUUGUAAAGGACAAGGGCACACAGUACUUUAAGGAUGGCAAGUACAAACAGGCCUCUGUGCAGUACAAGCGUAUCAUCUCCUGGCUGGAGCAUGAAAACACUCUGAAGGGGGAUGAUGAACAGAAGGCCAAAACGUUGCUGUUGGCUGCUCACCUCAACCUGGCCAUGUGCUACCUGAAGCUGCACGAGCACAGCCAGGCCCUGGAGAGCUGUGACAAGGCUCUGGAGUUGGAUGCGAACAAUGAGAAGGCCCUCUUCCGCCACGGGGAGGCGCUGUUUGGCUUGAAGGAAUUUGAGCGCGCCCGGGACGACUUCACACGCGUCACUCAGCUCUACCCCGCCAACCGGGCGGCCAAGGCCCAGGUGCAGGUGUGCCAGAAGCACAUGAAGGAGCAGCACGAGAAAGACAAGCGCCUGUAUGCUGGGAUGUUCCAGAAGUUCGCAGAGAGGGACGCCAAGGUGAGCGAUGAGAGGGAAUCCGCUCCGGUGAAGGCGAAGGAGAACGGAGACGGAGAUGCAAUGGAUGUGGAGGAGAAUGGAGCACAGGAGCAAACUGCAGCAUGAGUGCGUGUCUGACUCUGUGUGUGUGUGUGUCCAUGUCUGUGUGUCUGAGGAAGACAGUGAGUGCGUUUGAAGAUCAGUACUGUCUUUAUUUUUAUCGUUAUUUUUUGUUUUGUUUUGUAUCUGCUUUGAGGCGUCUUAUCGCUGCAAUGGACAGUACUGUACCAGCUCUGUCAUCUUGCUGUGUGUGUGUGUGUGUAUAGAAAGGCAGCUAGCUGGCGUGUGUCUGCUUGAAGGCUUUCAAGGAUGAAAAGGUGAUUAGUCCCAAAGACGGCACUCCUACUGCACUGCCCAUCACUCUCCUAGACCACUGUCCUCACAUAUGAUUGGUUAACUUCCUCCUGACUGACAGCUGGAGGGGAUGCUGCCACUCCACUCCCCUCCGCCCCCUUCCUGCCUAACCUCUUCCCAUAAUGCACUAAACAUGCGCAUGCAUGCUUGCAUUCUUGCUCAUUUGGAAGGUCACAUGUUCCUUUGCUGAAGCCAUUUGAUCAACAAUGCACCCCUCAUACCAUCACCCCACACACACACACACACACACACACACACACACACACACACACUCACACACUGUCUAAUUCCUGAGAUGUAAGGCACUAUGUGGGAACUUUCAGGGUGCUGAGGGUCCCUACUGCUCUCUGUAAAUGUGUGUUUGUUGUGAGAGGAGAAAAUGGGGGGUUGAGUGUGUGAGGAGAGAAGAGCGAUUCUGAAAAUGUAAUCAGAGCUUCUGAGGACACUGCUGGGGUGACAUGACAUGUUUUCUCUGUUGGUGUAUUUUUUUUGUUUUGUUUUCAUUCGUCCUCUUUUGCAAUGUAUAGAUAUGUUCUGAAUUCUAAUUGGUUUGACCGGAGUUCUUUUUUGUUUGUUUGCUUUGCUUUGCUUUGCUUUGUUUUGCUUUUUUUUUACCUUCAGUGUCAAUUGUAAUCUUAAUCAUGAGACUGUAAAUGUUAAUCUAAUGACAAAAACAGACAAACUAUCAAAACUGGACAACUCCAGGGAAUUGGGAAUGAAUUUAUCCUUCCAAUGCAAUUACCAAAUGUAUCUCUCUCUCUCUCUCUCUCUCUCUCUCUCUCUCUCUCUCUCUCUCUCUCUCUCUCUCUCUCUCUCUCUCUCUGUUCUUAAGCGCAGACUCACCCCCAUGGAGAGCCGAACAGUUAGCCUUGCAUAGCGUUGUUAGCGGUUAGCGUCGUAGGAGAAGAGAUAUUGGGGUGUGUGUGUCCCUUGGGCAGACUCGCCUCCCCAGAUGUUCUGAUGUCACAGAAACUUAAUGUGUCACUGAUGGUGAAUAAAGGAUAAAACUUCCA